AUGAGUGCAAAUGAAAAGGAGUUAUUUGAACUGCAGAAAGAGAUAAAUGACUUGGAGAAGAGUCAGGCAACGUUGAAGGAGAAGGGCUACAAUUUCAAGGAGCAGAUCAAUGCUGGCUUCAAAAACUUGGACGAGAUAUGCAGCACGUUGGACAAGCAGGACAAGGCCACCAACCAGCUCGCACGUCGUCUGCCCGCUCUGCCCAGCUCGGAGGAGGCCAGCGAAAUGAAGAGCAAGAUUGGCGACAUCCGCAACACGAUCAAACAGUCGAAAAAGACGUUCCUGCCCGAGACGGGCAGCAUGUUUGUCCGUCUCUUCCUGGGCCAGGUCAACGUGAAGCACUAUCGCGAGGGCGAGCGCUUCCGUCUCAAGACCGAGUACGAGAAGUUCAAGUCCAAGACCAAUCCCCAGUUCCUCGGCUUUGUCGUCUUGCUGCUGCUGUUCCCCAGCAACACAUUCAUCAUGACCACAUGGCAGAUAUGGAUGCUGUACUAUUACGUCACUCUGGCGCUGCGCGAGAACAUCCUUCUGGUCAACGGCUCGUCCAUCCGACCAUGGUGGAUCACACAUCACUACAUGUCCAUCGCUGGCUCGCUCACCAACCUGCUCUGGCCACCCUACUCUGCGUCGUUCACACACUUCCUGCCUCAGCUGACCUACAUCUCUGGUCUCCAAGGUCUUGUCCAGAUCCUUUCCAGCAAAUAUCAACAAGGGCAACUUUACAAGUUAACAGCAAUGGGCAAAGCAAACAUAAUGGAUGUCACUGGAGAGAAUAUGAUUAGCGAUCCUGGUUGGACACCUAGCGCACUGUUCUUAUUGCCAUUCCUCAUUCUGGUACAUUGCUUUGAGUUGUUUAAUGGUGUCACAUUCUUGUUGUACUCGGCAAAGUCGUUGGAGUGGCAGGUGGCCGUCAUGGGCAUCAUCUUUGUCAUACUGUCAAUUGGCAACUUUGUCACAACCGUUCAAAUAUACAUGGCUAAAUGGAGCUCAACAAAGCAAGAGAGGGAAAUCAGCAAUGGCAAUGGUAAUGGCAACGUAACAAAGAGUGGACAUAGGACAACAACAACUGUAGGCAACAACAUCGACAAGAAGAAGUCAAGUUAG